AAUUAGAAUUACAUUAAUAUAUUGCAGCAAUGUAAAGGUUAAAAUAGGUUAGAAGCGGUUAGAAUUGUUAAAGAUUUUGUUUAAAAAUCAUGGAGGAACGAUUUAAUACCGGAUAUGGAACGUUUAUUACGACAGAGAGAGAAACUAUAUCGAUUCACAAGAAGCGGUGUAUACUUCGGCAUGUUCGGAACCUAUCCAUUGCUAUAUUUAUACUGUCCUUGUUGGGCGUAAUGUUCGGUGUUCUAAUGGCGAGCAGAUCCAGACAGUUCCCCUAUAUGUUGGCACCCCCUGCAGGCCUGGCAAGUGCAGUGCUUGUGUUGAUGGCAAGAAACAUUGACCAUUUUGGAAGAGAAGCUUCGUCGAAGUUAAACUUUCUAGGAGAAUUUUUCAGCGUGGUCUUUGGAUUUGCUGGGAUCUGUCUGUGGGCUGUUCUUGGAGUUGGUGGAGUUUGGGUUUUAAUAGAUUGCAUCAGACUAAAGCUGGGCCGUGUUUAUGUAAAAGAGGCGUUGACGGCUGGCGACGUCAACGUUAACAUUGCUUUAUCUGCGAUAUCCCUUGCAAUAUCUCUUGUCAUGUGCCUUUUGACCGCACUUUUCGUGAGUCUGUUUCUAUACGGCCCCAUGACGUUUGGGAAAAACAGUAACCACAUUUCCAGACAAGGACAACCUGUAGUGCUGUUAACUUCUUUCAACAACUAUGCUAGUACCUACGUUGCGAACACACAGACCGGGGGCUUUGUACAAAUAGUUAAUCCAUCUUCAACAUCCCAUACGGAUCAUGUAUUGUUGUAAAUGUGACUGUUAGAUCUAACCAUAUUUUGACAUAUCAAAUCAUAGUUUUGUAUAAGAUUUGAGGAGUUUUAUAUGUUGAUCGAUUAUUUUUGCUUAGCAACCUAUUGAAUAGAAUGAAGAAAUGGUGUUAUUUCAUUGAUUAUGUUAUG